AUGUUUCGUGGACACUGGAUCGUGGCCGACAUGGACGGCACCCUCACCCCCACCCCGACUCGAGCACAUGGCAAGUACCUGACCCUGUCGCACUGCAUGCAGACUGGACUGGGUUGUGGCGCUCACUACAAGAGCUGCUUGCCGUGGCUUCGGCUCUUCCUCGAGCUUGGUGGCAAUCUCUGCGUCGUGUCCACGGCUGGCAAGCGCAUGUGGUCGCAGCUGUACCCCGAUCUAGCGCCAGCGCUGUUUCGGUUGAGGGCUGCAGCCACUGCUGCCGGUGCAGCUGCGGCUGGUGGUAAUGACGCUCCUUCUGGUCCCUCUCCGCCCAUAGGCUCUUUGGAUGCGCCAGGGACUCUGUACCUAUGCGGCUUCACUGGGGCGGCGCUCUUUCGCAGCCGUCCAUGGGAGGCUGUGUGGUCUGACAUGGACCGAUUGCACCCCCACUGGCGCGUGCCCUCGGCACCCCACCCCUCACGCUUUGAUGAGGACGAGAGACUGCAGAAAGGCGAGACUGCCGUAGCUGUGGCAGAGGUACCACCAUCGGGGGUGGCGCUGGAGGAGUGGACAGAGUACCGCGAGCAAGGCGUCACGCCGGGUACAGCAGAUUCGCAGGCCACGUCGAGCGGCGCCGUCAGUAGGGUAGCGACGAUAGACGCUGCAACGUGCAUGCUCGCCAUGGACGAAGGCCGCCAAGCUCUCGUCCGCUUCUUCGAGCACUCCUCGUACGUCUGCGGCCACGAUGCGGCGCGUGCGAAGGACUUCUUCGCUGCCUGCCUGAGCACCAAAUAUCACAGUGUCUUUGCGGACCUCCUGCACCAACUCUUGGCCGAGGCGCACGUGACUACUCGCCGUGGAGGUGAUGGCGCAUCCGGCGCUCACACAGGUACGCCUCAUGUCUGCUUUGCAGCGUCGAAAGUGCUCAGUUCCGCUGCUCUCACCAAGCACGGCUUCUUUCUCCGGGAGACCGGCGACGCUCUUGUGGACGUGCAAUCUGUGCCACGAGCAGACGGCACAGUGGCUGACGACGCCGCUGUGGCGCAGGUGAUUGUGAUGGGCAUUCCCAUGCGUUUUUCGAACCACGUCUUUCCAGCGACGGAUUCUUCACCGUUCAAUAGCUCCCCUGCAACCUCUCGCGACUGGCACUGCUGCCCUCAGUGCGCGGCGGCAGGUGCGGGGGCCCGCCAACGCCUCGAGGCUGCCGGGCUGGAGCUGAAGAGUCAACCAAACAGCGUGUGCCUACAUCGCCGCGGCGUAGACAAGGCGACGUGUGUGCGAUGGCUGCUAGCACAACACGAGCGGCAUCAGCUUCUGUUUAAGCUGUCGCAAGCGCUUGCUUUCGGUGAUAUGCCGGAAUCGGUCGAUGCUCCUCUGACAGCUUUUCCCCCUAUGCAGUUCAUCUCCCUCUCUCCCCAAGACGACGCUGCAGCACGUCUGGCCAACAUCGAGCGAGCUGCUGUUGCUGGGUCGACUUCGGCGGACGAAACUGGAGGCCAGGGGGAGCGGCAGCAACAGCCGCCGCCGUCGGGCUACCUCAGCGACGGCGCACACUACAUGUUUCACGUUGGGGGCGAGGAGGAAGGCACAGGGCUCUUUUUGGAAGAACUGUUGGUGAGCUGCACAAGCGAGCAGCAGCAGAGUGCAGCGUCCUCGUCGACAGCAGCAGCAGAUGCGACCCGUAUGGCUAACUGGUUCACUGCCGAUCGCGUGGCCGUCUGCGCGACCCGUGCGCGCCGCCGAAUGGAGGAGGAGCUCCUUCGGCGGCGGCGACAGCAGCAGGAACGCAGCACCGCAAGAGCCCAGGGGACGACUCAUCCUACCGUUUGA